AUGCAGAUCACUUGUCCCCAAAUUCCGAUUUCUUCGAUCACUCCUCGAAUCUCAGUUCCAGCUUUAUCACUCUCUUCAAAUCCUCUCCGCAUUUUCAACAACCUCAUUUCAUUUCAGAACCCAAAACACGUUUUCAGAACAUUACAUAAAUCUCAAACUUGUUUCAUCAAUCCUGUUUUAGCUGCCAUGAGAAGCGAAGAAGGUGUUGAAGCAUCCAGUGAUGCGUUUUACAUGAGGAAGUGUGUGGAACUUGCGAAGAAAGCAAUUGGGUGUACAAGUCCUAAUCCUAUGGUUGGUUGUGUGAUUGUUAAAGAUGGAGAGAUUGUUGGUGAAGGGUUUCAUCCUAAAGCUGGUCAGCCUCAUGCUGAGGUGUUUGCUCUUAGAGAUGCUGGAGAGUUAGCGGAGAAUGCGACUGCUUAUGUUAGCUUGGAACCAUGUAAUCAUUACGGGAGAACACCGCCGUGUACAGAGGCAUUGAUUAAGGCUAAGGUGAAAAGAGUUGUGGUUGGGAUGGUUGAUCCGAAUCCGAUAGUUUCUUCUUCGGGUAUCAGUCGUUUGAUAGAUGCUGGAAUUGAUGUUACUGUGGGUGUAGAAGAAGAGUUAUGCAAGAAGAUGAAUGAGGGAUUUAUCCAUCGGAUGUUAACGGGAAAGCCUUUUCUCGCCCUCAGGUAUUCUAUAUCUGUCAAUGGUUGUUUUAUGGACAGGAUUGGUGAAGGGGCUUCGGAUAUCGGUGGAUACUACUCAAAGCUAUUACAAGAGUAUGAUGCGAUAAUACUUUCUUCCUCGUUUUCUGAUAAACUUUCAAGCAUUUCCUCACAAGAAGCUAAUGUUUCGAUCCAACCAAUUCAAAUCCUAGUAGCUAGCAAUGCACAACACUCUCCUAACGCUGCUUCCUCCAAUACCGUGGAAGAAUCGGGUCCGAAAGUUGUAUUGUUUACUGAAAAAGACUUGGUCGCAGAAUCUGGAAUCAGCAAUAGCGCAGUUGCAGCCGUGGUAUUGGAAAAGAUAAACUUGGAUUCCAUUUUGGAGUACUGUUAUAGCCGGGGACUAUGCAGUGUCUUGUUUGAUUUGAGGGGGAACAUCAAAGACCUUGAAGUGCUUCUGCGAGAUGGUAUUGAGCAGAAACUAUUGCAGAAGAUAAUGGUUGAGGUUUUGCCGGAAUGGAGCACGAAAGAUGAGAAACAGGUCGCGUCGAUGAAUUGGUUAGAAUCAAAACCUGUGAAAGAUUUGCAUUCUAAGCAAAUAGGUAGAAGCAUUUUGCUAGAAGGCUAUCUUUGA